GCCGCGGAGCCUUGGGGCGCCGGACGCUCGGGGCCGCUGACCCGCUCCCGGAGCUGGUCCACGUUGGUCCGGGUCUUUGUUCUGGGUCGGCGCGGGGACGUGCGCCACUGAGGAUGGAGGUGGAGGACUCGGGCGGCGUGGUGCUGACCGCCUACCACUCGCACGCGCGCUCGCAACCGCAGGGCGCGGAGCCACGCUGCGCGUCCCGGGCCAGCCAUCCGCUCAGCAGAAAAUCCAUUCCUCGCUGCCGAAGAAUCAACAGGAUGCUCUCCAAUGAAUCCCUGCAUCCUCCUGCCUUUAGUCGCUCCAACUCUCAAGCCUCCGUGGACAGCAGCACAUCUGUGGAGGAGUUCUGGCGGGAAAUCGAGAGUAUCAAAGAGAGCAGUGCGGGGGCGCAGGAGAGCAGUGCGGGGGCGCAGGAGGAGCAGCCGCCCUCAGCAGCCGCUGAGGUCAAGCCUGUGGAUGAAGGAGAACUUGAAGCAGAGUGGUUACAAGAUGUGGGACUGUCAACUCUGAUCUCCGGUAAUGAAGAGGAAGAUGGUAAAGCUCUCCUGUCUACACUGACUCGGACCCAAGCAGCUGCAGUGAAAAAGAGAUACAACACGUAUACCCAGACUCUGAGGAAGAAGAAUAAGCAACCUGUCAGGGAUGUCAGAGAUGUCUUCGGAGUCAGCGAAUCUCCUCCUAGUGAUUCUUGUGAGAAUGCUGCUCAGCUGGACGGUACCAAGGAAGACAAAGAUCUGCCAGGAGUCACCAAGACAAGCAGACCUCUGCCAGACGAAGCCUCUCUCAACAGUACCGCCCUAUCCAAUGGUUCCCAGGAUGAAGAAGGUGGUUUUGUGGCCCUUCAGAGCGGCUCCGUGUCAAUACUUGAGGCUAUCCCGGAUGUUCCUGUUCACACCAAUGGAUCUGCAGAUGCUGAGCAGUCGGUAGUUCAGAGCACGUUGAGUGAUGAUGAUUAUCUAGAGAAGAACAUUCCACCAGAGGCCGAAGAGCUGUCCUUUGAGGUGUCUUACUCAGAAAUGGUGACAGAGACCCCAGACAGAAAUAAAUGGAAGAAGUCGGACAUUAAGAAAGAAGACUAUGUCUUAACUAAAUUUAUUGUACAGAAAACAAGAUUUGGCUUGACAGAGACGGGGGACCUGUCUGCAGAAGACAUGAAGAAAAUCCGCCACCUCUCACUGAUUGAGCUGACGGCCUUCUUUGAUGCUUUCGGGAUACAACUGAAGAGAAACAAAACAGAGCGAGUGAAAGGCCGAGACAAUGGCAUUUUUGGAGUGCCACUUACAGUCCUUCUGGACAACGACCGGAAGAAGGACCCUGCAGUGAAAGUUCCCCUUGUGUUACAAAAAUUUUUUCAGAAAGUCGAAGAAUCAGGUCUGGAGUCCGAAGGAAUUUUUCGACUCUCGGGAUGUACUGCCAAAGUCAAGCAGUACCGUGAGGAACUGGAUGCCAGGUUCAACACUGACAAGUUCAAAUGGGACAAGAUGUGUCACAGAGAAGCCGCGGUCAUGUUGAAAGCGUUCUUCAGAGAACUGCCCACCUCUCUCUUCCCUGUCGAAUAUAUACCCGCCUUCAUCUCUCUGAUAGAAAGAGGGCCUGACAUCAAAGUGCAGUUUCAAGCCUUGCACCUCAUGGUCAUGGCCCUGCCUGACGCCAACAGGGACACAGCCCAGGCUCUGAUGACAUUCUUCAGUAAAGUGAUCGCCAACGAAUCCAAGAACCGCAUGAGCCUGUGGAACAUCUCCACAGUGAUGGCGCCCAACCUGUUCUUCAGCAGAAGCAAGCACUCUGACUACGAGGAGCUGCUGCUGGCCAGCACGGCGGCCCACGUCCUCCGCCUGAUGCUGAAGUACCAGAACAUUCUAUGGAAGGUUCCAUCUUUCCUGAUCACCCAAGUAAGAAGGAUGAACGAAGCCUCCAUGCUGUUGAAGAAGCAGCUCCCGAGGAUGAAGAAGCUGCUGAGGAGGAAGACCCUGGAGCGGGAGGUUUCAAGCCCCAAGACCUCAAAGGUACCACAAAAAUCACCUUCCUCAAGAAGAAUGUCUGAUGUGCCAGAAGGUGUCAUAAGGGUCCACGCUCCACUUCUGUCCAAAGUGUCGAUGGCCAUUCAACUCAACAGUCAGACCAAAGUCAAAGACAUCCUGGCAAAAUUUCAGUAUGAGAACAGUCAUGGUUCAUCUGAUCGUAUUAAGAUGCAGAACCAAAGGUUAUACGAAGUUGGAGGAAAUAUAGGACAGCACUGUUUAGAUCCUGAUGCAUAUAUAUUGGAUGUGUAUCAUGUAAACCCUCAUGCAGAAUGGGUCAUCAAGCCCUAGAUAUGCCCAGGAUGGUUCCUGCCCUGUAUUAUAUGCCAAGAAGAUCCUGCAUUUGUGGGGAAAACGCUGCCCUGAAGUAUUUGCUCCUGUAAUCCUGGUUCUCCUGGAGGGGCAGGUGGCCAGCUCUGGCAAUGCGAACUACAGAGGAGGAGCUGGUUCACACCGAGCUCAGCUUUCUUAUCACAGUUUCCCGGUAAGAAGGUAGAACCCAAAGGACAGGCCGGUGUUGCUCACCUAAUGCAGAGCUAUGUAGCAGAAAUGGGCAUGGCCUGUGGCUGGGAAGCGGCUGCCCUUCCAAUGUGAAGCAUACAAUAUUUAUGCCCUGACUUGCUCCUCAACUGGAGGAGAGCCUUCUGUCUAAAGACUGCCGUGCACCGUGUCGUCCUGUGCGUGCGGCACUCUCUGAGGACUUGCUCGCACCGUGGUGCAAAGGAACUUUCACCAAGCCCUGAGUGUUCAGAUGCUACUUUAGGACUCCAUGUUCCACGGGCACAGGUCCUCAUGGCCAAGCUCCGUUUGGCAGAGGGCAUCUUGUGCAUCCGGAGCUUCCCCUUGGCCCACAGCCGUAGUCUGUUCUUUCUCCUCUCGGUUUUGGUGCUCAGUAAAGAAAUUGCCUUUCGCGCGUCAACAUGGAUUUCCUUUACAGAUCAAACACAUUUUUGUUUUGUAACAUUUCACAACUAUAGUCCCAUCUGCAGCCCCAACCCAGAAAUUACAGAAAUGAGUUCAUCCAGAAGUGCUGAAAAAUGCCAUCAGGCCUUGAAUUUACAUGUUGUACAAGUUCAUCGCGAGAUGUGGCCAAGCACUGCAAGGUGGCACCGGGCCACGGAAGCCAGACGCCACCUCACUAUCCACAGCUUGUACAACCAUUGUCUACAUGUGCAGUGGGAGACAUUCAGUCCUUGUGGUUCUAACGGGAACAAAUCUAAAAUGUACCGAGGGACAGGACAGCUCUGCCUUUCAUCUCAGCGAUUGUAGUUGGAGUCCUCAUUCAUCCAGGACCACACGUGCCUCAUCUCCGACUCCACAGGCUGAACGCUGGGUGGACUUCACAGCAGUUACAACAUUUAUGACUCAUGUGGCUAUCAGUUCAAACAAAGUUGAGUUACAGAUGCAGAAGAACCAUUCCCUUACCUGCGUAGCCCAUGUCCAGAUGUAAUGCAAGUGCACUAACUGCACGUGCAGAAGAGAUCACCUAGGCUGUGCUAUGCCACAUACAAAACGUCCUUCACUCCCACAGUCAGGUCAGCUUAUUGUGAAGCAAGGCAUUCUUUACAUCCAGCGGGCAGACCCUUUUAAUUUCUGACCUUCAGGAGUUUGUUGCACUUUUCUAGAAACCCAAAAACCAGUUUUUUUUUGACCUAUUUAUGAAUUUCUAUUUUCUCUCUAAGAGCCCACUAGCAACCAAAUAUGUACUGCAGAGGUUUCUAUGUGUCCCAGUGUUUGACCAGUUGCUAGGGUGCCCAGUAGGCCAAAUAGUGUGCUCCAGAAGCACAUUCUCAUCUUGCAGUACAAGCAGCGAGUGACCUCAGGUUUGAGGGAAUCACUGACAGGAAUCCCUGCCCAUGCACAGAAGCCAUCCUUCUAGGGCAUUGCUGUGCUUCCAUAAAUACUUGGGGUUAUUCCUUGCGUUUCUUUGCAUUAGGAUUGUUCAGUUCUGUUGUAUUUAUGUAGAAGAUGCACUCUUUUCCAGAGUUUCCAUUUCGUUUGGCUGGAAACAUAUUAGAACGUAUACCCUAGCUUUAGUCACAAGUCUUGAGAAGCGGCUGGUGGGUGCCAGGUAGUGCCACACGAGGCCCAGCAUUUUGUACCCAUGCUUUGUGUAGUUUUGGAUGUAAGUGGAAGUUGAUCAUUUAAGUUUAUCCAGGAAUGUGACAACUUUCAAGUAACUGUGUCACAUGAAGGAUCAUGUCCAUAUCAUGGCCAAUGUUGGCUAUGACUUUUUGUUCCGAGUCGCACAGUUAAGUGACUAGAGAAGUUUUAGUAGACACACAAACUGAUGUUUGCAUGGUUAAGGGGUUUUUCUUUUAUUAAUUUUAUUCUUGAAGAAUAAAAUUUCAAUUGAAUCCAAAAUGCCUAUCACCCAAGUGUUGAAAGAACGUUGGUCUUUUUAAGAGUUGGUUUUCAAAAGCUAAGUAGCCAGAGUGUUACGGAUUUACCCUCAAAAGAGAGGCCAGAUAGCAUGGACAGUAAAAGACAUUCUUUCUAGGGUCUCAGCUUUACCAUAAAGUGCUCUUGAUACACAGUAGUUAGAUCAUGUCAUUCAGGAAAGUAUUAAAGGAAAUGAUGUGUGGGAUGCACAAUAAGGAAGAAUCACAACUGCCCUCGUUCCGCACCUUUCUUAAAAGAGUUCAGCUGGGACAUGACUCUUCUAGCCAGUGCUUGGACGAACUGGAAUACUGGUUCCUUACAGUGUGUGUGUGCAGUGUAAACUACCUCACCAGCCUUUCUUGAGGAAAAAAAUCAAGUGGACUUUAACCGUCUUUGUUUGUCUGUUCAGCUGUCCCUGGGUCUUAUUUUAAUCACUGCAGUUAGGAUUCAGUGUGUGUUUUGAUCAUAUGCCAUUCAUGAUGUAAAUGAGUUAUAGUGGAAAGCAUCGAAACAACCGUAGUUGGAAGUGUGCCCUGCGGUGUGCUCCGAGGGAGUCCAUGUUUGUGUCCCCAACGGGCUGCUUGUGUUUCUAAACAUGCAAGGACGCAGGGGACAUUGUUGGGGACUUGUGGUCAUCUUCCCUGGCAGUGUUUCCCACUGCUGUCGGUGGAUUUCAUUUGACUGAAAACUGAGGAGACAAAAAUGUCUCUUUCUCUUUAGGAAAUGUGCUUUAACUCUUUCAUGUGUACGUCUGACUUGCCUGGAAAGACUGUGUUAGGAGACUGAAUGCUCCUCUUGACAGGCAUUUUUAACUAUUUUCCAUAAAUAUGUCAUUUAAUAAAAAGUAAUAUGACGUGGGAUUAAAGUGUUUCCUUCAAAUACGUUUCCAUUUCACACACUCUUAUCUCAUUUGAAAAUGCUAUCUUUUGGGCAUAUCCUAUCUUCUGUAAUUUAUUUAG